AUGGGGAAGAAAUCUAAAGUAGGACUCGGAAGAUCUUUGAUAAAAGAUCGUUUUGGUCAUAGUAAAGGACGAAAAACUGUUGAUGAUAAUUCUAUGUUGCAUACGACUGAAAUCCAAGACGGUUAUGAUUGGGGCCGAUUGAAUCUUCAAAGUGUCACUGAAGAAUCUUCAUUCCAAGAAUUUCUGAGCACUGCUGAAUUAGCCGGAACAGAAUUCCAAGCAGAAAAGUUGAAUAUAAAGUUUGUGAACCCAAAAGUACUCAACGUUGGAUUACUUGUGGGUUCUGAUAAAACUAGGGCUCUUGAAGAGCAAGAGAAGAAUAGACAAUUUCUUAGAAUUCCUAGAAGGCCGAAAUGGUCCUCAGAGACUUCUGCAGAAGAGCUCCAACAAAACGAAAGAGAAGAGUUCUUAAAGUGGCGUCGAGAUCUAGCAACCUUACAAGACAACGAAGGCCUAGUUUUGACCCCGUAUGAAAAGAAUCUAGAAUUCUGGCGCCAAUUAUGGAGAGUGGUUGAACGCAGUGAUGUAGUUGUACAAAUAGUAGACGCCCGUAAUCCUUUACUCUUUCGUUGUGAAGAUUUAGAAUUGUAUGUUAAAGAAGUGAGCGAUGAUAAAAUGAAUUUGAUACUUGUAAACAAGGCUGAUUUUCUGACUGACGAGCAAAGAAAAGCAUGGGCUAGGUAUUUUGAUGGAGAGGGUGUUCGAGUUGCUUUCUUUUCUGCUAAGUUGUCGAAGGAGAAAGAUGGUGAGAAAUCAGAUGAGGAGUUGUCGGAGAUUUCUGAAGAAGAUGAAGAUGAGGAUGAUGAUGACCUAAAUGAACCAGAACCUACAGUCAGUUCUUUAGAAUCCCAAGUCGAAGACUUAAAAAAAUCAGUAACAUCUACAGAAGAAAAACUAAACAAAAUACUCACAGACAUUCCUAAAAUAACUACAGAACCAUCUCAAACCCCUGAAUCAACCACAAAAGAACCAGAAAGCAUUGAAGAAUCUAAAAACUCAUUUCUCAAUUCUUCUGAACUGUUGACAAGAGAAAUGUUAAUAGAAUUUUUCAAAACAAUUCACACCGGACCAAAAUACACGUCAGGAAUAACCACUAUAGGCUUAGUGGGUUAUCCCAACGUUGGCAAAAGUAGUACUAUUAAUGCUUUGAUGCUGUCGAAGAAAGUUUCAGUAUCGGCUACACCGGGGAAGACUAAACAUUUUCAAACUUUGUACCUUGAUCAAGAUAUUAUGCUGUGUGACUGCCCGGGUCUAGUUAUGCCAAGUUUUGUUCUAACAAAAGCCGACAUGGUGAUAAAUGGAAUACUGCCAAUAGAUCAAAUGAGAGACCACGUGCCUCCUAUAAAUUUAGUAGCAAGUUUAAUUCCAAGACAUAUUAUCGAAGAUACGUAUGGAAUUAUGAUUGCAAAGCCUUUAGAAGGAGAGGAUCCUGAUAGGGCGCCUGUGGCUGAAGAAGUUUUGAACGCUUAUGGAUACAAUAGGGGUUUUAUGACUGCAAACGGACAGCCAGACUGUCCUCGUUCAGCAAGGUACAUUCUAAAAGACUAUGUCAAUGGAAAACUGUUAUAUUGUUAUGCACCUCCUAAUAUGAAACAAGAUGAAUAUCAUAUAUUUCCCGAAAGGAAAGCUAAAAUUAAUUUGGAU